GAGGAGGGAGUGAGAAGUGGGUGGAUUCUGGGUAGAUUUUGAAGCGGACAGGACUUGCUGUCAAAUCAUUAGGGAGGGGGUGGGGUCAGAGAAAGUAAGGGGUCAAGGGUGCUCCAAAGUUCGGGGCCUUAGGUCCUAGCGGGAUGGAGCUGGGUCUAGACGCAGCGGUCGCCAACCGGUGGUCCGUGAGGUCCGAAAGGGCUGGAGGGCAGCAGUGGGAUUGGUUGGGGGACGCCCAGGAGCUCGGAUGUAGAGGGAGGCAAGUCCCAAGAGCCGGGCCCGCAGUCCCAAGAGCUGCCGCCAGAGGGCGAGCCAGCCGCAUCGCCUGCGCACACCUUGGGUCGCGGGAAGGACUCGCCCUGCUGCUUCCCACGGCCCUGCAGCCUGCAGAGCCUCACCUGGGUGCGAGAUGGGGGCCGCAGAGGUGCCAGGGCCGGCCGGGACCUCCCGGAGCCCCAAAGCCUGGGACUCCCAUUCCUCUGUGCUUCAAGUACGCCAGCUUCCACUCCCCACCAGGCUGUUUGCUCUGCCUGUGACACUAUCUCAGGGUUCUGCAAAAAUGUCACCUCUUCAAGAAGGCCUUUCCUGACCACCCUGGGGGCAGAAGCCCCUCCCCUUCAAGGGACAGCCCUUUUAAUUUAAAAACAUUAUAUAUAUAAAAUUGUUUCAGAGAGAGGAAGGGAGAGGGAGAGACAGAAACAUCAAUGAUGAGAGAAAAUCAUGGAUAGGCUGCCUCUGGGCAUGUGCCCUGACCAGGAAUUGAACCUUGACCUCCUGGUUCGUAGGUCCAUGCUCAACCACUGAGCCACACCGGCUGGGCAAGGCACAUUCCUUUUUAAUAUCUUCUUAAUAUUUAAGACUCUGAAAUAAUCUUAUUUAUCUUGUAUUGUCUGUUUUCUGCAUUACAACAUAAGGCAGGGAGGACCCCAUUUUCUGUUUUGUCCACCUGUAUCCCCAGGGCUCAGAAUUAUGUGUGGCCUCUAACAGGUGCUAAAGGAAAACCAACAGCAAUAAUGUUAAUCAUAGCUUACUCAUGGUGGUACUGUGUACCAGCUUCUAGUUUAAACUCCUUACAUAAAUUAUCUCCUUCAGUCCUCAGAACAGCCCUACCAGGUGGGGAUGGUUAUUAUCUCCAUACUUCAGAGGAGGAAGCUGAGGCCAAGAGUGGUUAAGGGACUUGACCAAGGUUGCACAGCUAGGAAGUUGCAAUGCGGUGAUUGAAACCUGAGUAGCUUAACUGCAAAGUCUGGUUUUGCUAAAUGGAUGAAUGGGGCCUGAAACCAGGUACAGAGCCCUCAGGGACUCUGGCAUUGUGCCCCAAGCCCCUCUAGACUUGCCUUUCCUGUCCCCCAGCCCACAUGCCAGCAGUCCCAGCCCCCACAUCCCCUGCCAUGCUGGGGGGAGGGGUGGGAACCUAGCAGGUCUGGGUUUACUCUGGAGUUUGCCGAGGCACCUCCCAGGCUGCCCAGGUGGGGGGCAGGCCAUUAAAAGUGGGUCUGGUGGGCACAGACUUCACUCACCAGACAGCAGGGUCAACUGCCCAGGACCCUGAGCCCAGUCCCAGACAGACAGACAGAUGCUCCUCAGCCAGCUGACCACAGUUCUGAGCCUGCUCAGUGGAGCCUGCCUACCCACAGGCUUGGGGAGGCCUGGACCCCAGGGUUCCCCACCCCAGCCCUGGGCUACCACAAAUCAGACCCGAUCUCUGGGCCAAGGGGCCCAGGCCUCCCCAGUGCCAUCCUCUGCUCUCAGCAGCUGGAAGGCCUUCUUGGACCUGCAGAGAACCAGGCGUAUGGGAAUAGGUGGGCUGCAGCAUGAGCAGGAGGUGGCCACCACCAUGUCUCUCCCGCUGGACCCACAGGAAGUAGCCCAGGAGACGUGUAAGGCUGUGCCCUUCACUCAGGUGCUCUCCCAGCCGGGAUGCAUGGCUAAGCGCCUCCGAAAUCACCUCUGCUUCGGCCACUGCUCCUCGCUCUACGUCCCCGGUGUGGACCUCGCCCCGUUCGUCCUCUGCAACAGCUGUGUGCCCGCUCGAAGGCACUGGACACCCGUGUUCCUGUGGUGCCGGGUGGGCAGCCCAGCCUCUCGUCGGCGGGUGAAGAUAUACACAGUGCUGGUCGAGAGGUGUCAGUGUAGCCUGAAGGCAUGAGCUGAGCAUCACGGACUGACACAGACGCACGCACCUCGGAGAGAUGUGGGAGUCGGAAAGACACCGACCUGGAGAAUGUCCACGGGUCAGAGACCAGGGAUGCAGGGAAAGCCAGAUGGGCCUCCCGAGUCCUCACCCUGCUCCCGUGAAUACCAGACAGCCCCGUAGCGGCGGACCACUCACAGUCACAGCACACGCUACUGAGCACUCACUGUCGGCCAGGCCCAGCUCUAAGCAUUUGCCAGGUACUUACUUGAGUCACCCUCAGAGCUGCCCAAUAGCAUAGAGGCAUCACCCCAUUUUACAGGGAAGGAAACUGAGGCCCCAAGAGGCAAAGACACUUGCUCAGGGUCGCACAACACGACAUGGCAGAGCCAGCAUUUGAACCCCAGACCGGACCUCCUCUCACAGAAUAAGUCAAAGACACACCCCUAAAUGCAGGGAGAACGGAUGACCCCACCCAGGAGACACAAUGACGACCCUGUCCUAGGGACCCCAACAAACCCAGGCAGGAAAGCAGAGGUAGCUACGGGGGGACACCUGGGUUCCCCAAGUCAGAAGCAGAACCCACAAACUCCAGCUGCCCCUCCCAAUAUCCACCAGCCCCACGCCCACUGUGGCAUCUACAAGACCAUAAAGGUUGAUGGAGUCCAGUUGUGUGUAUAUGUGUGUAUUUGUUCCUCCAACCGGAGUUCCCUGGAAGUGGGUGGCCCUGUGGAAUGUGGGCAUGAGGGGUGCUCCCUCCUCUGUUGGGCACAGGGUCUGCAGCGGACGAGGGCGGCUGGGCUUUGGGCGUCUGGAACCAGGGCCCU